AUGGUAGAUGUAAUUCUCUUAGAUCCGAGUAAAGCCUUCGAUAAAGAAUUUUGCCUGGGUCUUCAGCCAGAACUGGAGAGUUCUGGAAUCCGCUAUGAAAUUAGAGGCUGGAUAAGUGACUUUACUGAUGACAGGAGACAAGAAGUACCGUAUUUUGGAUUCCUGCUGCUUUCGUCUGAAAGUUUUCCUGGAUUCUGUUCAUUACUUUUGACCAGUUGA